AUGGGCGCUGAUGGUAUUGGCCCCGAAGUUGUCAAUGCCGGUGUUCAAGUCUUGAAGAAAUUGGCACAACUAGAUGGCACAUUCAACCUGCAAUUCGAAGACUACGAUUGGAGUUCUGAGACCUACAAGAAGACUGGUCAAUACAUUCCGGAUGGGGGAUUAGAAAAGCUCAAGAAGCAUGAUGCCAUUUUAUUUGGUGCUGUAGGCGCGCCAGACGUGCCUGAUCACAUUUCCCUUUGGGGCUUGCGGCUUGCUAUCUGCCAGACCCUCCAGCAGUAUGCGAAUGUUCGGCCGACCAAGAUUUUCCGAGGAACAUCGUCGCCCUUGCGCAAUGCGGAGCAUGGUGAUCUGGAUUGGGUAAUCGUCCGAGAAAAUUCUGAAGGUGAAUACGCUGGACAAGGAGGCCGGUCACACAAAGGCCAAAAAUGGGAGACGGCUACAGAGGUUUCCAUCUUUACUCGUCAUGGUGUGGAACGACUUAUACGCUUCGCCUUCGAAACAGCUCAGAGCAGACCGAGAAAACAGAUAACAGUGGUCACCAAGAGUAACGCGCAACGUAACGGCAUGGUUAUGUGGGACGAGAUUGCUGUUGAAGUUGCGAAAGACUUCCCCGACGUCAAGUGCGAUAAAAUGCUCGUCGACGCCAUGACGUGCCGGAUGGUUCUUGACCCAAAAUCGUUAGAUACGAUAGUAGCGACGAACUUGCACGCGGAUAUUCUUUCCGACCUGGCAGCCGCAUUGGCAGGUUCCAUCGGCAUCGCUCCUACCAGCAACCUCGAUCCCACACGCCAAAAUCCGUCCAUGUUUGAACCAAUCCACGGCUCAGCUUUCGACAUUACUGGCAAGGGUGUCGCAAACCCGGUGGGAACCUUUUGGACAGCAUCUGAAAUGCUAGCAUGGCUAGGCGAGGAGCAGGCUGCGAAGAGAUUAAUGGAGAGCGUGGAAGCCAUCACUGAGCGAGGCAUUGCGACUCGCGAUCUUGGGGGCAAAGCGUCAACGAAGGACGUGACCGAUGCGGUCUGCGCUGAGCUAGAGAGGGUGUACAAUACAAGUCGGUAG